CCAAAUAUCAUACAAUCUGUGAACUUAUUUAAAAAAAAAGAGUUUAUAAUGAGUGCAUAAUUUGGAGAAUUAUAACGCAGACAACUUAUUUGAAGUUAUACUUAUGAACACUGAUAAAUGAUUAUUCUAUCAGAAGACUACAAUGCAGAGUUUACAAUGCAACAAACUAUCGUGUAUACAUCAUCAGCUUGCUUUAGCCAGAAGAAUAUUUUUAGGAAGUUGUUUAAUCGUGGCAAUCAUUCUCCUGCAUCGUUUAAUAUUCCCCGUCAAUGAAUAUAAGGGAUUUAAAAUUCAGUUUCCGGUCAAAAACCAGUACAAUGGUGUCAACAGUGUGUGUGAAAAUUUGUUCGAAAAUCGUAGCCACGUAUAUACUGAAGGUAUACAGUCGACAUGGAGUGGAAGACCUUUAAACUUAACAAAUCCUAGUGAGUGCGAGGAAUUCAAAUUGUACGACGGAUAUACUGUUCAUCCUUCAGUUGAAGAAGAACAAUUCCCUUUAGCAUUUAGUUUAGCUGUACACGAUAACAUCAAACAGGUGUCUCGAUUACUCCGACUGAUACACAGACAACACAAUCUGUACUGUAUUCACGUUGACUCUAAGUCGCCACAAUCAUUUUAUAAUGAAGUGUUGGCACUAGCCAAGUGUUUUGGUCCAAAUGUAAUGGUAGUAAAACGAUCGGAAAGUAUUGACGUUCAAUGGGGUUAUUACUCCAUCCUCGAAGUAUUUCUCCUCUGUGCUGACAAAUUGAUGAACAAGAAUGAAUACAAGUGGAAAUACAUUCUGAAUGUGAGUGGACAGGAAUUACCACUGAGAACAAAUUGGGAGCUCGUAGCAGCAUUGAAAGCAAUCAAUGGGUCGAAUAUUGUUGAAUGUCUAGGUCCACGGCAUAAUCCAUCUCGAUGGCCUGUAAAAAAGCUAUCUUUCCCUAUUGUUUGGAGUAAAGGCAGUUUCUAUAUGGCGCUAAAACGUGAAUUUGUUCAUUUCUAUCAAACUGAUCCAAAAGCAAAGGAAAUACUUGACGCAAUGAAAUCAGAGAAGAAUUUGCAGAAGCAUCCAGAUGAAUUAUUUUUCUCAACACUAAGUUACAAUCCACAACUUGGCGCACCUGGUGCUAGUAACUUGCUUCCCACCAAUGACAGUUUGCAUACAAGAUCGGCAUUUGCAUCACGUUAUGUCACGUGGGGCAUAAAAUCAUGUCUCAGUGGAAGAGUUCGUCGUGGCGUGUGUAUUAUAGGCGUAAUGCAUCUGCCAUACAUACCAAAACGAAUGGAAUUUUUUGUGAAUAAAUUUCUUGAAGAUUUUCAACCGAUUGCAUAUGACUGUACAGAAUAUUAUAUCAUGCGUAAAACUAUUAAAGAAAUGCAAACGCAACAAAUUGAUCCAAAUUUUGAUAUUUCGUUCUAUUCUAGACUGUAUCAAGCAAAAAGUCAUAUUUAGUUGAGUUCAGUUCCAGGCAUAUUAUUUAUUGUUCAUUAUCUUUGAAACCGGUGACAUUCUGGCAUCUACCUCUGUACCGUAUAAUUACUUGUUAUUCGUUAAAUUAUUUUUCCUGCUGUGUUUACCUACAUAAAGUGGGUUUAUUCUUUUUUUCAAGAAAUUCUCUGUUACUCUUAUUUACCAAUAAAUGCUCAAUUCCAGAUUAAAAAACCCCCUGUAUAAUUUAUUUCACAUUACGUAUAGUUAACACGUAAAUGUUCAUGUAUCAAUUAGUUUGAAAUUUUCAGC